AUGACCGCUUCCCAGAGAAAGCGGCAUUUUGAAGAAGAACUCAUGUUCUAUUCGGACGACUCGAGCAGAGACAAUUCCUCAGACCAUCAAACAUUCAGCCCUGAGCUGCGAGCAGGCGCUAAGCGAUGGGAAAGACGACAGACGUCCGCGAGGCCUCCUUCCACUUCAUUGACCCUAACAAGAAUAAUGCCUUCGUCCUCCUUCGAACUGCCACGACGCAAGGCGGCGACCAAGGUCAAGACGGAAGAGGAGGUCAAAGCACAGGCUUGUCUUCAAGAAAGACCGUUAUCGGAGCGAGUCAAGAUCUACGUCGGGCCGAAGAAUGCGGUGUUCACGGUGGGAUUGCAAGACUUGGACAAGUCGCCGGUUCUCAAGUCCAUGGUCCAGCAAGAUGCGACCGAGGGUCCGUACAUCAUGCAUCCGGAGCUGGCAAAGAUCAAUGCGGAGCACUUCCAGUCGGUCUUUCAGUACCUCCUCAUGGACGAAUAUGUGCCUGCCAUCAUCAGCAAUCCAAAAGGUCCUGAUCAGCUUCCCAAACAACUCGACGCGCUGACCACGGCAGAGGACUAUCGCAAGGAGGCGCUGAGAGCGGGCCAUGUGUAUGUGAUCGCCAAAGCACUCGGCAUGACAAGCCUCCAAUAUUUGAUACUGCGGAAAAUCACCGAUGCGCAGUACCAGCCAUACGGGAUCAAGUGCCAGCUCGACCUGGCUAUGAUUGUGUUCUCCAGACCGGAAGAGGGCGAACUGCUCAAGAGAGGAAAGAUCAAGGCAGACGCGGACGAUGCAGACCGUGGAGAGAGUGAGGAUGCCCUGGAAGUUUGGCUCGUCGAGUCGCUGAAGGACAAGUUGCAGCCGGUGCUCAUUCAGCAUGCACCGCUGUUUUUCCAGGUGGCCAACCAUGGCGCCUGCGCCAAACGAGGCUUUGGAACCCGAAUCUUCAGACGCAAGGUGGAGGACUGGGAGAAGCUGGGAGGGGAUGUGGUCGCCAUUGAAGACGAUGAGUGA